AUGAAUAGCAAUUACGUAAAUGAAAUUUUUAAUGAAGCUAUUGAAUAUAAAGAUACACAAAAAGAAAAUAAAAUAAAAAUAGUUAAUGAUUUAGUUAAAAACUUCUGUCUUUUGAAAGAAUUAAAUUUGUUAGAUGCUAUUAAAAAUGAGGAAAAAGUAGUUCCCAAUAUCAAACUGGAUAUUACGUCUUAUGAUAGCAAAAAUAUAAUUUAUGCUAAUAAAUAUAUUGUGGAUUUUUUACAAUUAAAAAAACAGAAUAAGUUAAAAUUAAAAGAAGAAAAGAAAAGAAAAAAAGAAAAGUACGAAGAAAUAUUAAAUGAAAAAGAUGUAAUGAAUAUUACUAACACUUUAAACGAAAAUGAAUUGAAUUUAUCUGUCUAUGAAAAAAAUAUUAAGAAUUAUAAUGAAUUAAAUAAUUUUCAAACUAUCAAUAAUAGCUUAUUCAUAAAAUAUAUUGAUAUGCCGACAAUAAAUCAUAAUAGCUUUCAUAUAAAAUUUCUUCAGCUUUUAAAUCUAUUAAUUAAAAACUAUAAUGCUUCAUUAAAUUUAAUUAAAACACAGAAAAAUGUAAUGAAUUAUUUUUCUUUUUACACGGAAAAUUUAUUAAUGAAUAAUAAAAAGUUAAUAGAGAAAAAUAGAAAAUUACUUCGGAAUAAUUCUAUUAAUAUGGAAUUAAGAAGUAAGUUAACCGUCAAUAAUUGUACUGAAAUAAAGUUACCUUUUACAAAUCAAGAUAAUUUAUCUUCUUUAUUUCAAAUACAAAUUGAUUUAUAUAGAAAGCAUAUUAAUAAUCUCUAUAAUCAAAUUGAUGACUUAAAAAAAUUUUUAAAUAUAUUCAAUGUGCAAGAUUUAUCUUCUAAUAAUUAA